UGCGCAUGCCGCUUGCGCCCGGCCUCCUAGAUCCUGCAGCUUAUUUUCAGUCACGCAUGCACGUGUUCUUUCCAAGUAAUCGUCAGUUGCCCUCCUGAGUGAUCCGCGGCUGGCCAAAAUGUCUCAGAGAAGUAAUAUUUCCCCUAAAAAUAAAAACGAAACGGAACGAGCUAAAUAUUCAGAAGAGUGGCACGGUUUCAACCUCCGAACUCAACGUUUUGGUGAAAGCAGAACCACAAAUUUCACAGCCUUGCCCCAACUGAAAAGACAGCGAAAGCAGCGCAGCGAUGUGACACAUCCACAUUGUCAUAUGCCCGACGUCAGACCCACUACCAGUUCUACAGGCGUUACCAGAGCAGCUGAAGACUUUGGGGGACACCCGGCAGCUGCUGGUACCGAUCACAGUUACACUGCUGCCUCAGCCGAGGACAUGUGCCCUUUGCUUGCAGACUUUUAUAAAGUCCAAGAUGACCUUCCGGAUGUGCUUAUUCCUGUGUUGGAGGAACUUGGAUGCCUUUCCAAAGCUCCAUUGUUUCAGCACCAGCAACCAUACCAACGAGUAUCGAAGCAAAUAGUGUCACCACUGAUGAAGCUAGCAAUGAAUUUUGUGGCGUUGCUUUUUGGCCUAACCUGCCACAGAAGAAACACAGAGGAGUCUACUCAGUGGACAUAGACCGUAAAAGUUGUUCCAUCGGGGAUUGUCGAAAACAAACAAAAACAUAUGGCAGAUGAGUCCAGGCAUAUUUGCAGCGUUUUGUGAGCAUGGCAUUUGCUACAGUUUUGAGAUCAUGGAGCGGUUUGAAUCUCCAAAUGUUCCAUUCACUCUGUUACUUACCCGUUUUGCAACUACUCCUGCAGUCGUUAUGUAUGACAACGCUUGCCACUUGCACUCAUAUUGUCUUAACCGAGAACCUCGCCAUUUUCGAAACGCAAAGUUCCUCAUCGACAGUUUGCACUGGCCUUAUCAUACAGCAUGUUCAAGUGGAUAUAGACUUGAUGCUUACCCACAAUAUAAGAUGCUGAACAGUCAAGUUGCAGAGCAAAUGAAUGCAAGUCUCCAGCGUAUCAAGGUGCAGAUUUCAUACAUGAAACAGGACAACUUUCUUUGGCAUUGUCGAGUAUUCAUGUGGUGGAGAAACUCAAAAAAACUGAGUCCAAAGUAAAAGAAGUUUACCUUCUGUAUCAAAGUCUAGUCCACCUGAAAUUUGUCAAUGUUGUUAAUNGAUGGAGGGUUAAGAAAAUCUGGCAAAUUUAAAUUGCAUGCAUUAGCAACAAUUUCUACAGACACGAUUUGUAAAGCUAAACCAGCAGACAAAUGCAAACCUAAUUUUUGGAUUCCAAAAACUAAGUUCACUAUGGAGAUGUUGCCAUAUGAAUAUUGCCCAAUUUUCCUUUCCAUGGUUGUACUCUUCUCUCUCAUCACUUUAAGAAGAACCCGAAAGUAUGUGCCAUGCUGCUGUAAAUUGAUUGCUUGAAAUGGCUGUGGAAUGAAUUUCUUUUCAACUUGAUGUUGAUUCAUCUUUUCACUACUCUUUGGUAUAUCCAAAAUGCAUGUACAGCGUAUUUGAAAUUCUCUUUAAGUUAUGUAAUAUGGAAAGUGCACAUUUGAGACAAGUGAGUGUUGUUGCCGAGAAGUUAAUAGAAAAUAAUGCAUAUAGAUGACUUGCUUAAAUUUGGAGUCUCACAUUUUCUCCGUCAAGCAUUUCAUACAAGCGGUUCCAUGACGUCCAGAUUUCAAACAUUUUGAUAUUGAUAUACAUUAAAUAAUAUACCCGAAGACUAAAAAAAGGCGAAAUGAUAUAAGCCAGACCUAUUUCACUAUAAGGACUGGAAAAAUUAUGGGGUUGUGGUAAGAUAAUUGCAUUCCGGAAUGAUUUUUUGAGUUUGAAAGUCAAAACUAGAUGAAAAUUGUAUGUUUACAACACCGUUCCUCAACAAUUCAUCUUAAAAGCCUCAUCCGGUGAUGUCACUGAUGAAGUCACUAUGCCAUUCCCUGAUCCCUAAAAUUUAUCUGCCGUCCAAGGACGACCACAUGACAGGUUCACAUUCAUUAGCUUCAUCUGGGAAAAUGCUUUUUGAAAUGUUUCCAUUGUUGGGAGUUUAAUGUAGUGUAUCUUUUGAUGAAUUGGUCAAACAAGGCGGACAACAAGUCUGCAAAACAUUUUACUGCACUACUUAACGACCUCAAAAUAAAAAAUCCUAAUAACGUUUGUAAUUGAGAAACUGAAAGACUAUGAACCAAUGUGGAUAUGUGUCAAAACCCUAUUAUUGUUAUUGUUCAGUAAACAUGUAUAUCGUCGAGGUCAUAGUCAUUUUCCACAUGUACCUAUUUUGCCACAUACUCAAACAAUGCUAGCUAUUUCCGUUCUCGUAUGACUUUGUUAAGGAGAAUAGUUUGAGAAGGGGUAUGGAGGAACAAUGUUGUGUGGCUUCUGUCAGUACAUGUACAACUUCACUACAUGUAGGAAUUUAUUCAAAUUGUUUGAGAACUUCCUUGUGCUUAUAAAUAAAAUCACUGCCAACUAGUUUGCAAACCCAUUUUACGUUUGCUGCUUUCGUGUUUAAAUGACAGAAUAUACAUGCUGUUCUCAGAAUAAUAAACACAU